UUGUUUCUGACCGGACAGGAUUAGGAGGCGGGCAGAUUCCGUUGACAUUGCAGAGGAGGAGGAACAGGACUGUUACCAAACCGGCAGGUUUAUUAUUGUUGGAGCCGCAGUGCAGCUGCAGUUCGGGGAGAUCGUGGAGUCAUGUACCGGCGGCCGCUGCAGUCCACCGUCAGAAGCGUCAUCAACGCGUCCAGAACCGCGCGCGGACAGGUUUUAGACCAAGAAGCCUGUUUCGUCAGAGCUUUAGCAGCUUGCCAACUGGCCACAGAGUCGUCUCCUUGUUUAACACCAUGUCGGACGCUGCACGUCACCACACAGCUCCGUAACGUGAAGGAGACGCCGCAGCACACAGAGGAAGAAGUCGGGGCCUUCACAAAGCUCAUCGAGGCCAUGGGCUUCACAGGACCUCUCAAAUACAACAAAUGGAAAAUCAAGAUCGCCGCCUUGCGCAUGUACACGUGCUGCGUAGAGAGAAUCAAUUACGACGAGUUCUUUGAAAAAUGCACCCUCCCCGACACACUCAACUCCUGGUUCUUGGUAGCACAGCUGCAUGUAUGGAUGUGUUUGGUGCGGAUGCGUCAGGAGGGCAGAGAAGGGAAGUACAUGUGCCGUUACAUCGUCCACUCCAUGUGGGAGGAUGUAGAGCAGAGGAGCAAGAUCAUGGGGAUCGACGCCACGCAUAGAAAGGAAGGAACGAAAGCGAUGACGGAGACCUUCUAUGCUGCGAUAUUUGGAUACGAUGAGGGAGUCCUGGCUGAUGACACUGUGCUGGCAGCAGCUCUGUGGAGAAACCUGUUCAACUAUCAGUGUGAAGACCCCAAACAGCUGGAGCUGAUGGUGGAAUACGUACGCAAACAGAUGCAGUACAUCGACGCUCUGGACGGGGAGGACCUGAUGCUGACAGGCGAGGUGAAGUGGCGCCCUCUGGUGGAGGAGAACGCACAGAGCAUCCUGAAGGUGGUCACACCCACGUACAACGACGCCGGACUGUGAGACGAAGAGAUCCCCCAAAGUCCUCUUCUUCUGUCCUCUUCUGUCUCUCACCUCUUGAUUUCCUUUUCCUGUCUUUUUGUUUUCACCCCCCCCCCCUUUCUUUUUUCUCCUUCUUGUAAUCAUGUACUAAGAUGGAGCACAUUUCCCUCCUCCUCCCCCCCUCAUAGAAGGUGGGAUUUUAAAUUUGACAUGCUGUCUGUUCUCAUCCAUGUCUUUCUUUCCUUCUCUUUUUCUCCUCUUGUAUUCCCAAAACUUCCCUCCUUCCUCCUCUCCCGGAUGAUUUGUCCACCGGAAGUCUUGUUUCUGGAGGAACAGUAUAGGCAGGAUAGUUGGUCAGGAUUAUUUCUGCAGCCUGAUUUUCCGCACAUACUACCCAACAAACCAGUUUAAUAACUGGCAACGCCAUUCAUCAUCAUCCUCAGUCGCCAUCCUGUCGGGUUUGAGAGCCUCCGCCGCUUCUUCUCCUCUCCGCAAACUGUCAAGCAGGAAAAAAACACACACAAGAAGAGAACGAGACGCUCUGUAUUUAUAUUUUUUGUGUUUUUUUUCCUCUGUAUUUAUAUUGUAUACCUCCAUGUUUACGCUCUUCUCCUGCAGAGGUGUUCAGCUAAGACUUCCGACGCUGCUUCACUCCUUCACUGUAUGUUAAAUAAAGUUCCACUCUGAAGAGGUGACGUAUGAAUAUAAUAAUGGUUCCAGGAAACAAAAUGCAUGUUUUCCACCGAGCUGCUGUGUCUGUCGGAGGUCUGUAGUUCAACAUCUCUGCUGCUGAACGUCUACAGUCUGUAUGAAU